CUUUCAACUCCCUCAUAGAAGCCUCUGGAGCCUUAGACGAUCAACAAAAAAAUUCUCUUUCAAACACUGAAUCUGCAGUAUAUAAACCCCCUUCUCUCUCUCUUCCCUUUUCCAUCUCACCACCCCAGCCUCAAUUUUCCCCCUCUCUCUCUCUCUACACACACAACUUCCAUAAUAUAUAUAAUAUAAGAUAUGGGUACAUUGGUGGGGCAUGUGGCACCUGGUUUUGGGUUCUUUGUGAUUGGGUUAUGGCAUCUAUUGAACCACAUAAGGCUUCAUGCUCUAGCUCUACACCCAACAGAUUACAUUUCUCUCCCAUGGUUCCCUACUCCAAGAAUCAAGUACUUGGAGCUUUUCUUGAUUAUGGGCGGGUGUUUAGCCUCUAUAUCCAUGGAGCUUUUCAUAGGCCCGGAAAGGCACCAGCCUUUAGCCCCAGACGGGACUAUACCCUCCAACCAUCUCCACAACUUCGAGCACUCAAACAUCUCCCUCACCUUCCUAAUCUACGCGGUUUUCUCGAUCGUCCUCGACAAAUCCUCGGCGCCGGCCAAAUACGGGCUGACCCAAUUCCUCGCCGCCCUGGCUUUCGCCCAGCAGCUCCUCCUCUUCCACCUCCACUCCGCCGACCACAUGGGCGUCGAAGGCCAAUACCACUGGCUCCUCCAAACCGUCAUCUCCGUCUCCUUAUCCACAACCCUUUUAAACAUCCCUUUCCCCCACAGCUUCCUCACCGGCUUUAUCAGGUCCGCCAGUAUUCUCCUCCAAGGCGCGUGGUUUAUCGCCAUGGGCUUCAUGCUCUGGACCCCGGAGCUCAUCCCCAAAGGCUGCUUCAUCAACUCCGAGGAAGGGCACCAGGUGGUUCGCUGCCACGGCCCCGAGGAUCUCGAACGCGCCAAAUCGCUCGUCAAUAUUCAGUUCAGCUGGUACGUAAUCGCCGUCGCCGUUUUCGCCGUCGCCGCUUACUUGGCGCUCCUCAAGGUUUACCAAGAAAAAGUGGAGUACCAGUCUCUGGGCACCAAACUGGACGACCAAGAGGACGAAACUACAAUAGAGAUUGAAGAUGUUGAGGCGCAGAAGAGAGACAAAGCCGAGUCAAAGAGGUUUCUUGAAAUGGGCAAGUUUUUUGCUUCUUCGGACAUGGAGAGGUAGAAAUUAAAGAUUAAACGACAAUAGUGUUUGGAUAAAGGUAUGUGUUAAUUGUACAAAAGAUUUGGUUAGGUGGAUUAUUGUGUUCACUUUGUUUAAUUAAGUCCAUAAUAGUUGGUUAUUGGCUCAAGGAAAAGAGGAAGAAGAAGUACAAAAAAUAAAUUCAUAGAAAAAGAUUGAAAAUUUGGUGUUGGUGUAUAUCUGGUCAUAAAUUAUGACUUGUAGUGUAGACAUUAGAGGGUGAAUGGAGAGACACCCAUUAUAUUGUAUUUGUUUGUACAAAGAAAAAGAAAUUGAUUAUACGGAUGUUUAUUUCUUCUUUA